GACUGACUAGCCGUGUAACACGAGAAGGCGGCUGUGGUCGAGUGGCAUGGAUGAGAGGGGUUUCAUGUGUCUUGUUAGAGGAAUCAGAAAGUACAUCAUAUACAUUUGAUAGAAGACAAGGCUGAAAAUGGCCCAUGUGGGAGCAGUAGUGGCUGCAGUAACUGGAGUAAUGGCCAUUCUCCUUCACUCUUCUAUUCACAAGAUUGAAGAAGGACAUUUAGCAGUUUACUAUAGAGGCGGUGCUUUGCUGACUACUCCAAAUGGUCCUGGAUUUCACAUAAUGUUACCAUUCAUUACUACAUACAGAUCAGUGCAGACAACACUGCAAACAGAUGAAAUAAAAAAUGUGCCUUGUGGAACAAGUGGUGGAGUAAUGAUCUACUUUGAUAGAAUAGAGGUGGUCAAUAUUUUAGCACCAAGUGCAGUGGUGGAAAUUGUAAGGAAUUAUACUGCUGAUUAUGAUAAAACUUUAAUCUUUAACAAAAUACAUCAUGAGCUGAACCAGUUCUGCAGUAUCCAUACACUUCAAGAAGUCUACAUUGAAUUAUUUGAUAUAAUUGAUGAAAAUUUAAAACUCGCUUUACAGAAAGAUUUGAAUGUCAUGGCUCCUGGUCUCACAGUUCAGGCUGUACGUGUGACAAAGCCAAAAAUACCUGAGGCUAUUAGAAGAAACUUUGAACUAAUGGAAGCUGAAAAGACAAGGUUACUGAUCACUGCUCAGACACAAAAAGUUGUAGAAAAGGAAGCUGAAACUGAAAGGAAGAAAGCAAUUAUAGAAGCGCAAAAGGUUGCUCAGGUUGCUGAGAUUCAAUUCAAGCAGAAGGUUAUGGAAAAAGAGACUGAAAAGAAGAUUUCUGAAAUAGAAGAUGCAGCAUUUUUAGCAAGACAAAAAGCAAGAGCAGAUGCAGAAUACUACACUGCAGAGAAGAUGGCAGAAGCAAAUAGGAUGAAAUUAACUCCUGAAUACCUAGAACUGAUUAAAUUUCAAUCAAUUGCUGCUAAUAGUAAAAUCUAUUUUGGAAACAACAUCCCGGACAUGUUUGUGGACGGUGGUGCAUUUCAAGUGAAGAAGACACCAAAACAGGAGGACUCUACAUUUACAGAUAUCCAGGAAUCUCUCAGAAAAACAAAGAAAAAGGAAGUGAUGGAUGGAGCAGCAGAUGCUUUUUGAUUAUACUAACUCUCUGACUAAGAAAUGGUGCAUAAUAUAUUUUCUGGCAUGCUAUUUUUUUUAUUAAAGGUGGGUGACUGUCCUUUUUGAUUUUAAAAAAGCUGAAUGUUUACAGUGAAUUUUGAGUUAUAUUGUACGAAAGGUGCCCUGUGAGUAGUUGUUUGUGAAUCUUUAAUUAUGUUGGCAUUUAACCCAUUUUUAGAUCUUGCCUCUAUGACUGCCAACAUGAGGUCUAAAGAAUAAAAAAAUUGUUGCCUUGUAAAUAAAUUGUUAAAAGGAUAACUUUUUUACAUUAUUAAGGUAAAAAUGUUUAAAUAAUGUAAAAUUAGAAAUAAAUAUUCACUUAAUACUAACAGGAUUAACCUUUGCUGCAAUUUUUUAAUUUAUUGAAUUUUGUUCAAAUGAUUAAAUUUUGCAGUGGCAUCUCAUUUUAAAGAAUUAUAUAGUGGUGCCUUGGUUUGCAAGCAUAAUUACUUCCGGAAACGUGCUUGUAUUCCAAAGCAGUCGUAUAUCAUAGCGAAUUUCCCUCUAAGAAAUAAUGGAAACUCAGAUGAUCCGUUCCACAACCCAAAAAUAUUCAUAUACAAAUGAUUAAUACAAAAUAUAAAGUAAAAGUACAUAAAACAAAUUAACGGGCACUUUACCUUUGAAAAGAAUUGUGGUUAAUGUGAAGGAGAUGAGAGAGAAGAGGAGGAGGGUUAUUGUGUAGGACAACUUUCACUAUAACUAACAAAAUCACUGCUGUCUAUUGACUCACUGGAAUCUUUUUCUUCUUUGGCUAUCCAGUGACAGUUGCUUUUGCCUCCUUUUGAGGAUUUCAUGGAAAUGUGACAUUGCAUUGUCGUUAAACAGAUUCAUCGCUCGCACACAAAAUAAAAAAAUUCUUUACGCACACACACGGCCACAAUACUAUAGUAAACAGUAUCUGCUUGUACGAAUGUUGACUAUGAGUAAGGCACGCCGACUGAGACCCAACAUAGGAAACAAUUACCCACAAUCCCGUAGAAAGAGAACUGCCAUCAGCUCAGCUGUGAUCACAUGACUCUCGGCAGUCAAAGCGUAUAGGUACUACUCGUAUUGCAAGACCUCGCUCAUUAUCAAGUUAAAAUUUAUUACGAAUUUUUGCUCGUCUUGCAAAACAGUCGCGAUCCAAGGUUUUACUGUAUCGAUUUUGGUUGAUCUGGUAUAUUAGAUUAAAUUUUUCUUCUGGUAUAAAUUUCAUAACAGCUGUUUUACCAGUAUGCUAAAAAUUACUGAAAAACCUUUAAACACAUUUAAGCAGGAACAGGGAAAUAUGAUUUUAUGUUGGUGUAUAAAUGUUGUGAAGAUAAAUUACUUUUAUGUGAACUAUGUGCCAACCCCUUAAAGAAUAUAACCCAGAGUUCUGUGCAGCUCCACUUGAUUGGUAAGUCAAUGCAAACAGGAAGGAAGAAGCCUUUUCUUUCUUGUACCAUAUUUGGCAGAGAGAGGGGAGUCAGUACUGUUCUCAGUUUGAGUAGCAGAGUGGUACUAAGAGUUUCGAUUGGUAAGAGUUGUCAUACAAACAUGCAUAGUUACAAUAAUAGAUUUAUUAAAAAUACAUUUUGGUGUGUACAUAUACAUUAUACCUGAUUAGUUUGUACAAUUACUGUAGUACACUAAUUGUUCAAAAUAUAUGUUUCAAUCUAAAAGUAUAAACAAAUACAUUACACUGGUACCUACUGAAACAGUCAGUUUUUUAUUGAACUGUGAUUCAGGUUUUUGGCCACACCGCUCAGUCCUAAUGUGCAUUUAUUAAAUAUCUGUUGAAGAAAAUAAAUUUUAAUUAUACUUGGAUGUUGUUUUAAGUCUUCCUAAGGUAGCAUAUAUUAGUUUAAGUUUGAAAAUGUCAAAACCAGCUAAAUGUUAAUUUUAAUGUGUUAACAAUUAACCACUAUGGUUUCUCUGAUUUUUCUGUUUGAGGACAGUAGAAAAUGUCUUCUCUGCUUAAGAAAAUUAGCACACAUAAAUUAGUAUUUUCCAUAGUAAGGAAUUGGAUCAUCUUUUUGACAUUUAUUUAAUGAAAGCAAUAAAUUGUAUUGUAGUGAUAAAUGACGAUUUGCAUUCAAACUGUGAAAAAAUUACAUUGCUAAAUAUGAACUGUAUUAUGCUUAUAAAGCUCAAACAAUGGUGCAUCACAAGAAUUAAAGGCAUUUUUAAUUGAAUAUUUUUCUUGUAACUGGAAAUCAAAUGUACUUUGUUAGAUAUUCAUAAGAAGGGUAUUUUUCUUUGAAGGACUAUUGACCAUUUAUUUUAGAUAUAAAAUAUUUAUCAAAAAUAAGGAAGCAAGUUUUAACAUGACUAAUACAUAAUAAGAUGAUUUCAUUGGGUUCAGACUCUGCAUCUGACAUAACUGAAUUUCUUUUCAUAAAUGCUCACUAGGGAGAAAACAAUAUGAAAAAAUCAGUAAGUGAUUACUAAAUACUAAAGCAAAAAUGAGUCAUGAGAAUGCCAACAAAAGCUUCGGACAAUACAGAAUGCGCUGCAUAUAGGCAGCUAUAACUGUGUUCACAAAGUUAUUUUGAAAUCAUUUCUUCUACAGUAAUUUCUUCAACUUACUUUUCUUCUCCUGAAAAAGUGAGUUAAAAUGAUUUGUUUACUUUUUAGAACCAUAAACCCUUUUAAUUAACAGGCUUUGUCUUAAGGCCCAUGUCACAUUAGGUGAAUUUUCUUGUGAUUUUAUUUCAGCUUUAGCCUUGAUAUAUAUAAUGUUAGUGAGUCUGAGGCAAUAAGUGGCCCACUCCCGUGUCAUAUAGUUUGACAUAAAGUCCGUGACUUGCCCCAACAUAAUCAAACAGGUUUGAUUUUGUGUUUAGUCAUAGUAAUCAUAAGGUCAGGAUCUGAGUGCAUGUGUGCUGACAACCAGUGAAAUAUCAUGUAUAUAAUACAGCAAUGGGGAAUAAGGAAUACUGGUGUUUUCAACCUCAGAAACAAAAGAGUAGCAAGCUAGUAUGUUUUAUGUCUCAUGUUUUACAUACCAUAACAAAAUAGGAAAAAAUAAAAAAUAUUCAUACAGCACCGGCUCCAUCAGCUAGCAUGCUAUUGGUUAUCAGUAAAAGGCAUGAGCACGACUGUGCAGGCAAGUCUACUCUGACUAACCCACCAACUAGAAGUCAUGUAUGUGACAUUGGUUUUAGAUGUGGCUAUCUUUAUUUGCACUUUGGAUGUAAUUACUGUAGUUCUUUAGAUUAUAAAUCCUAACAUAUUUUCCUUGUCUUGACCAAACUAUAAACUGUAAUGCAAUUGUGCUAAAACUGAGUUUCCUCCAUGUGUGUAUUUAAGGAAAUUUCCAGUUUAACCAUCUAAAGGAACUGACAGUCCAUCUCACUUACCAGGAUGACACUCCUGUGCAAGUAGAAAAGAAUCCUGAAAGCCGGAAAGAAGCUUCCAUUAAACCAGCGUCACUGUUGGUUUAUUUAGGCAAAAUUUAGCUAUGAUCACCAUUGGUCAAAAACUGAAUUUGCUUUCUAUACAGAUUACAUUUUUAGUACAAGGUACUUGAAUGACAAAACACCAUUUAAACAUAAGCAAAAUAUAGUACUAAGCUAAUGAUUUAUACGUGGCUAUGUUUACUCACAAAUAAUACAUACUGUAUAUCCUGUUAAAGCGAAUUCCGAUUUAACAAUAUUUUCAGAAUAACAAAUACUUUUUGUUUGCCUGGUUAAACAUUCAUACAACCUCAUGUUUAACAGAUUUCAUUUUAGGUAAAUGUAAAUUCAGUAUAAUGGGUGUUUUUUUGACUAAAAAUUGCCACAGAAGGUAAUAAUGCAGUGCAAAAAAUGCUUAAUGUUGUGUCUAUACUUUCGCCAAGUCUUGGGGAAACCCUGCAACAGGCUUGUCUUUCUUGUUAGACCAAACGAAAGUGACAAUUUGUUGCAAAAUUUCCGGUCUCAAGCAAUAUCAGCAAGGCUCGGGGUGAGUGUAGACAGACGUAACAUCAUACAGGUAUAGUUGAAUUCUAAGUCAGUGCUCCACUGAGCGUCUGCAUGAUAGUUGUGUCGUGUGGAUACUGUACUGUUCAAGCUUCAUAGCGCUUCUCAACUUUUCUUUGCGAUGAACAAAAAAGCGUGAAAUAGUGUCAGUUUACACUGGGAAAAAAAAGUCUCAUUUUCAUUCUGUAUUCAUACCUGUAUUUCUGUAUUAAAAAAAGUUACAUCUAACAUCUCAUUUUCAAAUAAAAUAUUUUCCGCUGUUUAAGAAUCACUUUUUUUAUAUAGGUAUUGUCAAUUUUGGGUCACUGACUUGCACGAGAGAGAGGAAGGGGAGUCUAGGUUUCCAAGGAAUAUAGAGAAGGCAGGUAUAGUCUCAAGACUUCAUUCAAAAUAGGAGAUGUUACUUCAGUAGUCAAGUUCAUAAUAGCCGUGACACAUGGGCAACCUUCCUGCUUUUGCUCCCAUCUUCAGAAGAACCACCAGCAGCUUGGAAUCUCUGCUGUGGCAGACAAGGAGAGUUUGAGGAAGAGCAGGUCAAAGUCUGGUGUUAAAUGUUCUAAACAUGUUGCUAUAAGCACCUUACGCAGUAAGCCCGAUUCUGCAGUGGACAACCAAUUGCUUUGCCCUUAGUUUACUGUUUACCAGAUGUAGCUGAGCAUCUAUGGAGCUGUUCUUGUGCUGCCUUGGCAUAUGACAUAGGACAAAGCCAGAUAUUUAGCAAUGCUUUUUAAAGGGUGAAGUCCUCUUUAAAGCAUUUCACAUGUUUUCAGUACAAAUUUAGUCAUAAUUUUGCUUUAGUAAAUCCUGGCAUUUAUUGAAAUUAAUGGCAAUUUUACAUUUUUCUCAAGGUGGCAUGAAGAAAUGCUGCCAUUGAUUUCACAAAUGUUUCACUACCACAUCCCAGUUAGUCAUAGGAAGUUAUUUCAUUUAAUAGAAUGGAAGGGAAUGUAAAAUGGAACCAUAUUCUUCUCCAUGUGGACAGAGAGUAGCCUGAUUAACUUUUUUUUUUUUUUUCUUUAUUGAAAAUACUACUAAAGCAAACAAAUCAAUUACUUAAGAUUUGGUCAUUGGUAUCCAUAAGUGUAUUUACUUGUCUCAACAUCAGAGCAUCAUAUGUAAGUCCAUUUUGAAAUUUUCAGUGCUUUGCCCAGCAAUUUUUAAUAUUUUGUUCACAUAUAAGUAGAGCUGGUAAGUUUCUGAAAAUUAUACCAUGUCGGCAUGGUAAGUUGAGAUAUGUUCUUAGAACCAUUAUGAAGUGUCUGAAUGAGAUAUUAGGACAGCUUAGCUAUUAGCUAAACAAACGAACCUAGUGGGCUGAAUCGUCUUCUCUCUUUUGUCAAAUUUCUUAUGUUGUCAUAUGCCCUUUAACUAGCAGUAAAUUCCUGGAAUGCCCCAUGUUGACCUAGUAGAUUACAGUUACUACCCUCGAGAAGGAAAGGGGAUUUACUUCUGAAAGGCCAUUGCUGUUUAUAAGAUUUUUUGUUGUCAUUAACAUAUGUGUUACUUUUACAUGUGUGUCUACUUCAUGUUUUGUUUACAUCUCAUUAUGUAGUUUUGUAAAAUCACAUAAUCAUCAGAAAGAUUCCUGAGAUUUCAAAAUUUCAUUUUACAAACAAGGAACAAAAUCAUUGUCUCUCUUCUACGAUAUGUGUUAAAUUUCAUACCUUAAAGGGAUACUGUACUCGUUUUAAAUCCAGUGCUUUAAAGAAUUUGGAGCUAAUAAGACAGUCUUGCACUGCUGUGCAUUGUCAGUGCUCAGCGAGUCUGUGUAGAAUUUUCUAUUUAUCUUUCAUCUUUUAAUUGUAGUGUUUAAAACACUUCCUCCAAUUUAAAAACAGUUACAAUUUUGCCGCUUCUUACUCUGAAAAGCUCUGAUAAUUUAUUGAUUGCCUAAUUAAUUGUUUUAAUUCGUAAGAUAUUAGAUUACAAGUAAGAUAAGCAAAUGCUUCACCCAGAGUAGCAGUGUUGCCAUUUCUGAAGCAAUCCUCUGCCAGUAAAAGGGCACCUGAUUGGCAUGUCUAACAUAUGGAUUGGGCCAAUGAGGUUGUGUUUUAGGUUUGAUGAAUACAAUGUAGCACUGACUCUGUUCAUAUCAUGUUUUCCACUUAUAUGCACAUUUUUGAUUUUUAUAUUGCUUAUUUUGAGUUUCUAUGAUGCAGUUUGAGCAUGGGAAAGGUGCUAUGUAAAUAAAAUGUUUAGUUUUUAUUAUUUGAAUUAGGAAAACAAAUGUGUUGAGUGAUAAAGGAUGCUUGGUUUUAUGUACAUGGUACCUCCACAUAAAUGUGAACAUUUUUAGAUCACUUUGAAAUGUCAUUACUUGGGAAGUUGUUAUUCAGUAUCCCAAGGUAAACAAAUGUGUAGUCUAUCAAUAAGACGCCAUGGGCAAUGUAUCCUUCUUAAGAACCUGGCAUUCUGCAUCACUGAAGAAAUGCAAGGAAAUCCUCUGAAGAGGUUGUCUUAGCACAGAUGAAGAGUAUGAUUAUUACAGACUUGCAACUGAUUUUAUUGAAUUAAUCUAUGCAGUUACUAAGAUGAAGGUUGUAUAGAAUAGUGUUUUCAGUAUUUUAUCUCUUCUGUCAGUCAUAGGCUACAAAACUAGUAGUCAAUUUAUAAGAGGUGAAGAUUAGUAUACUGUGUUCCAAAGCUAGGGAUUUAACAGUUUUCUUCUUAAUUAGAGUACUUAUUAAUCAGUUUUUCCAAUUACUGUAUCACAUAAUGAAGAAGCCCUUAACUUCAAGUGCAAGUGUGACUUGUAAAGCUCCUAUCUUGUGUAUGUAUGUAUGUUGAAAUGUAAACCAUAUUUGUAUAACUAAUAUUUGAUGACAUAAUAAAAUUUAAUUUGUUCAGGUUAUAGUGGGAUGACAUUUUUGAGCACAAGCCAUUUUGUGAUUUAUAGCUUAUGUUAACAAGUUUUAUUUCAUUCUUGAUUUAAUACAGUACUUCUCUGUAUUUACAAUUUUAAUUCUAUGAGUACAGCGAUUCCCUGUUAUAUCGCGGUUCAGCUAUUGCGCCCCCGCUAUAGCGUGGAAAAAUUCAACCUGUAGUGUACUUUGCAGCCAAUUCAUAACAAAGCUUACGGUUUUCAGCAGUCACUAUCUGUGCUAGACAAAUGUUUGUUAGAACAAUAUUAUAAUUUAUAUUAACCAGCGUAUACGUAACAUUUAAGCGAUACACUAGUAAAUUAUAAAACUGCAAUUCAUAACGAAAUGUACAUACACUUUUCAUUUGUCACUACACGUGUUAGACAAGAGUUUGUUAGAACAAUACCUAUUAUAAUUUAUAAUAACUAUAACAUAACUGUAAAUAUUGAAUAAAAUGCAGUAAAAAGUCAAUAUAUAAACUAAUAAACAUUAAGCAAUACAGUAAAUCAUUAAAUAUGCGUGCAUUGUACACUACGGUAGACAAAGAGUUUCACAUUGGAGUACCCAGAUGAUUUCUUACAAGGCCCGUUAUUGGCUGAAAGAGGAGACUCAGCCAAUCAGAGUGGGAUUUUCAUUCUCUUGGGCUCUGAUUGGCUGCUGCUAAUGUGGUAUAAUCUCGCAAGAACAGCAAGUGUGGGUCCUCGACGCAUCUCAGUUCUCUGCGUAUCGUGUACCUUGCUUGUGGUCCGAUUGCUGUGAGCAAACUUUUUGUGAACUUUUUGUUUUGUUUUAAGCCCUACGAUGACUCCCAAGUGUCCUGCAUCUUCUAAGCCUUCUGGUAGUAGUGAGCCUAAGCGCUAGAAGACCUUGACUAUUCAGGAGAAGGUAAAACUCCUGGAUAUGCUUCGGGAAGGAAAGCAUUACACGGACAUCGCUCACCAUUACAAGUUUACAUGUGUUUAUAAAGCGUGUGCGACGUGUAUCUAAACGCUUAAACCCAAAAAAUAUGUUUAUUUGUAUGGUCUUUCUAUAUCACAGAUUUUCACGUAUCGCUGACCGGUCUGGAACUUAACUUCCGCGAUAGGUGGUGGAUCACUGAAAUCACAUCUGUUUCCGCAAAAGUCAAAGUUCAGGGACAUAUGAAGAACCUUAGCUGCAAGGGGCUUGUAGACAUGAUGAAAAUGUACUUUAUCACAGACCACACGUAUACAUGUCAACAGUUUAUCAUUGUACAGUGACAGGAAACUGCUGCAGUCUAGACAAGAACUUGAAUUUCAAUUAAUAAUAAUUUUAUAUUGUGCUUUUUUAAAUCUGUGUGAUCCUGGUAAGAUUAAACACAUUUUUUAUGGCACUUUUCACAAUAAUCAUUAUUACAGUUUGCAUCACAAAACAUUAACUCUUCUCGAUAAGGUAUAAACAUAUAGAAUAGUGGUGUUGAUUGCAUGGCCUGUCCAAUACGCAAUGUCAAGAUGAAAGUUGUGUGCGUGCAGUUUGAAAGAUGAUAAUAAUGUGAAGGUUUUCUUUUAUGGGUCAGGUACGCACCCCACAGCCAAACAGGCCAACACAUUUUUUAAAUUUCUGUCAUGGCUAAUAAUAACCUGAAGUGUGAUUCUUCAGUUGUUUAGUUUCUUAAACCUAUAAUUAAAGCACACCAUAAACUUUAAAAUUAAUUCCUUUAGUUUAGCUGAUAAUAAAUCUUUACAGCAAGUGUUUUGAAGUUUAAUGAAGUGUUCUAAAAGUUACUUGGAAAUCAAUGGCAGUGAAUAAAACUAAAAAAAAGUUCAAAGAAUUUCCUGGAGAGAUGCACAUGGGUGGCACAAUGCAGCAGGAGACUGUCUUGUCACUUGUAUUUAAGAUGCAUGGUGUCCCUUUAGAAGCUUUCAACAUGAGCACCAUUUAUGGCUCUGUAAGAAACAGAGUUGUAACACAGGGUAGGUUGAACUACAGGGCCAGUGCUUGAGCAGACUUGAUUAGCACACCAACUCUUUCGAUAUCAGUGAGGAAAAUGUGUUACUUUGUAACAGUUUGACAUGGCGUUUGGGCUGGCAUGCUCAUGAUCUGUUUCACUGACAGGGGUGUGUAUAUUUAGAUGGCUACACAGUUAGUAAAGCUCAUUGACUAUGAUGUCUUGCUCAGAAGAGGUAUGGAGAAAAUGGCUAAAAGUCUGUACAAAUGAUAGUGCAAAAAUAACUAUUACAUGUCUGGUGGAGUUUACAUGUAUAUGUAGGAAUAAAAUCCAGGCCAUAUAUUAUAAAUGUACAGGAUUAGUGUAUUAAUUCUGUGCAUGAAAACAAUACUCCACUCAUAAUUAUAGAAAAGAAAAAUGUGGUAAUGAAACUGUCAAACUGAAUUUCAAUCUAAUAUACAUUGCACAUAAUUUAAGCAACACACAGGUUCUUGAAGACACUUACCUCUUGACUGUUUUCACUGAUACUAAAUAAGUAGGUCAGAAUUAGGAGCACCCUUUUGCAUGUUAUAUAUUGCACAGAAAGGAAUAGAAGAUAAUGUCAGCAAGCAUGCAAUUAAAUUUGGCUUAACUUAGAAUAAAAAGAGGAAGAGUUAUAGAAAAUACUACUUUUUCAGGUAACAUCAAGAAAGUUUUAUGAGUGUUCAAGCAAAGCUUGCUUAAAUAAAAUUUUUGUUGGGCUGGCGUGAGUGACUGGUUAAUGCAUGAAACGGAAUCUGUGUGUUUUAAUUAAAUUUUUUAGCUACACAAUUGUUAAUGCAUGUUGAAAAGUAUUGGAAGGCACAGUGGAUUGCCCUGCUGCCUCAAGGUUCGGUGUCGUGGGUUUAGAUCCUGUACCUGGGUGGAGUUUGCAUGUUCUCACCAUGUGUAUGUAGUUGUAUGUGGGCUUUGAAAGUCAUUCAGGUGAGGCUAGACUAGCUGGUGACUCUGAAUUGGCCUUGUGUAGACGUGAGUGGGUCAAGCGAUCCCCCCCAAUUCAAAAAACAUGACCCUGAUUUAGAUUUAAAUUCAAAACCGACACUGAGCAUGGUACUUGUUUAUUUUAUUUCCUAAUAUGAAAUCCCAACUUUUAUUUCUAUUACCUCAGUACCUACACAAAUUAGCAGAACGUGCACUUCCCUUCUAAUAGAUCACCAAAGUAGUCAAUUAUACAAUACAGCGUUUGCACAAGCUGUAAGAUUCAGCUAUUUUUCCACAGUUUCGCAAACCAUCUUUGAUUUUGUAGUGUCUGUCUCCUGAUAACAGAAAGGUGAGCACUUACCAAAGGAUUAGUCUCUUUUUAUAAUCUCAAAUGAGCAUAGAGUAUUAAUAUAUUCUGUUCAAAAAUUAAAACUUACUAGGACCUUGUAAAUAGAGAAUAAGUGUUCUUUGUAAAGUUCAUUUCCUGUAGAUGUACCCAAAUGAUAACUAAGGUUACACUGUUGCAGACUCUAUAAACGUAUUUUAUAAAUCACCAUUUUUUUGUUUACUAUGUUUUUUUUUCUAUUCUUCUAAAGUUAUUGCUGUGGUAAAAUCACUUCAUCUUUACUGAUGUUUUGUAAUCGGGGGAACAAAUGUGCAUUGUGAGCAGUUAAAUACCCUACACAUAGCCAAUAGUUUAUUUGAAUACUGCUCUUCUGAUCUUUUGAUGGUGUUCUUCUAAAUUCUCAUCACUGUAAAUUUUAACUCCUGUCUAAUAUUGGUAAGAUGUAGAAAUGAAUGCAUAGACCUCACUUCCCAGCUGUGUCCCCAUUGUACAAUGUAAUGGCAUGUGUCAAGAUGCAGGACAAGUUAAAGGGCUGUUGGGUUUUGUUGUGUAGCUUAAAAUGUGAUUGUUUUUUUUUUUUUUGAAGGAAUGAUGUAAGUACUGCAUAUGUCAUGUUGAUUAUGGGGUGUGGCUUUGAACAAACAAUAUAUAUUUUUUCCUAUAAUACAGUCCAUUACAAUGUUUGUAUUCUGAAUUUUUACAGACUGUGCUCUUUUUCACAAUUGUCAUAACAAAUAAAUAUUUUGAUACCAU